AAAUUUUAUCAAUUUUUCAAAAUUAAUGGACAAAUGUACAAAAAAAAAUUUUUAUUGUACAAUCGUGUACUAAUGAUGUACAAUCGACCGCAUGGGCUCGUUUUUCUAAUUAGUAACUUAUGGCCGCCAUUUACCUGCAACUAUAAAACCGGCCAUGCCCGCAAUGGCCGUUCACCGCAAUGGUGGCGUAGUACACGGCAAGUGGAUUGGGUGGUGACGACUAUUCUUCAUUCGUUAAAAAAACCUAAUCCGACCGAAGAUACUACCGGGAACGCCAUACUCCGAAUGGACAAUCAGGUCGGUACCUUGGAAGCCGGCGGGAUUUCGAUGAUCGACUCGUCAGGAUUAUCGGAGUUCUGUGACAUUCCAGAAUUGUUAGAGUCAGAGUCAACGAGCCUCAGCCCACUCGCCAAUUCCCUUGACCAUCAUCUGGCAAUACAAGAGGACAAGGAAUCUAAUACUGAUGUAAACAUGGGCAUUGAAAAUACGUGGGCUGAAGCAAACUGUUCAAGAUCCGAUGUCGUCAGUAUGGCAAUACCCCUUCCUCCACCUCAGGCAUUCGAUGAUUUCGCCGACAUAGGCGCAGACCCAGCCGGGGAAAUUGCUGGUGCUGAGUACGGUCCCUUCCUUCCACCGAGCUCGAACCUGAAUAAUUUGUUUUCAGAUUCUGCAGAUAUUCAGGAGGAUACAAUUACCGAAGCGACAAACCCCGCUGGAGUGUGUGGUCUUCGAAAUCUUGGGAACACGUGCUUCAUGGCUGCUGGACUACAGUGCCUUACUGCAACGCCACCAGUUUUGAUACAUUUUCUGCAAAUGCAGCAGGAGGAUGAAAAGUCCCCUCCACCAGGAUCUCUGAUGGAGAAUUUCAGCUCGCUGUUGAGCAAAAUGUGGUCUGGGAGGUACAGUGUUGUGAGGCCGUAUGAGUUCAAACAAACGUUAGCAGCGUAUCAUUCUCAAUUCAAGGAUUAUAGACAGCAUGAUUGUCAAGAGUUCCUCGCUCUAUUACUCGACUCUCUCCACGAACAAAUGAAUACCGCCAAGCCUACCAAGAGUUGCCAAAUGCCACUCUCAGCUGCAAUCACUGCCGACUCUCUUAGUAUGAAUAGUCACCGUGACAAUUUAUCGUCAACUUUUGAUACUAUCGUCACUGCCUCUAGUAACUGUAACGAUGAUCUCAUGGAUACGUACGACAAUUCACCCACAUCAGAUUGUCCGAAUAGUCCUAAUGUAACAAUGGCAGGCUCACCAAGAGGUUUCGACUCUCCAAUAGAUGGUUUGGAUAGUACAGCGAACUCUCCUUCAGGUUCUCCUUUACCCGAUGACGAGGAAACCCUAGAAUCGGACGAACUAUUGAAUCUAAAAUCGGGUUUCAUUCAUAACAAAACACACAGCGAUGAAGACUCAAUGUACGGAUUUGGUGAAAUGAUGGAAUUAGCAAAGAAACCAAAUCGUUACAAUCAAUACAUCGAUAUCGUUAAAGAUGCCAAGACAAGCAAUGCUAAUUUCCUUGUAACUCCCCAGGAGUGCAACAAUGAGAUUCAUUACGACUCCCAGAAAUUUCCAAAGGAUAAUCUCCGACGUAUGGCGCUAGACAACGCAAACUUAACCGAGAACCACGAUUUUGACAAUAAAAAUUUGAGUAUUAAGAGAAUCAAAGAAGUUAAUGUACAAAAAAGUAAUUGUAAUAAUUGCUUGUCGGGGGGAUCGGAUACAGAGUGUGAAAGUGCAUCGGAGAAGUGUAAUGUGAAAAGAAUGAGACUCGAAGAUCAGGAAAAAAAUCGUAGUAGAGAUGGACUUGGAACUAGUGGAGAUUUAUUAUUAAGUCCAAUGGAAAAUUGUGAUAAUGGUGCUAUUGCUGCGCAGGACGAGGUUGAGGCUGAUAAACACUGGGCUAAACAUCUCAAGUCCAACAGGAGUGUGAUCGUUGAUACUUUUCAAGGACAGUUCAAAAGCACGGUGGUCUGUGCUGUCUGUCAACAUGUAUCAGUGACAUACGAGCCCUUCAUGUACCUAUCAGUGCCCCUUCCACAUGCAAUGGAGAGACAACUUACUGUCACCUAUAUACCUGCGACCAAUGAACCUCCACUUAGAUGCGUUGUAUCCCUCAACAAACAAUCUAAUAUUGGAAAAUUGAAAGAAGAAUUACUUAAAACGUUGGAGAAAGAAGAUAUUCCCAUUGGUAAUUUGGCAUUAGCUGAGGUAUUGGAGAAUCACAUAUCAAGAAUCUUGGAUGAUAACUUAUUAUUGAAACACGUCAAAGAUACAAGCCGGUCAGUAUACGCAUUCGAAUUGACGGAUCCUCCAGAGGUUUAUGUAUCAACGAACGAUUGUGAUAACGAUCUUGUACCACAGACUGAGCCCUGUCGGAAUGUAGCCAACACAGAAGAGGAAAUUGGCCAGUGUACAAUAUGCCUGGAGGAGUUGGAUGGAGACUUAAUGGAACAUGGUGGCAAUAACUGCAGUGUCAUCAUGUGUGAAACCUGUAUUGAGAACUACUUCAAGACCCAAAAGGAGCCACGAACGUGUCCGGUGUGCUCUGCCGAGGUAGAGCCCUCGUCCUUCACAAAAAUCCAACAGACAAGCAAACCCAGACCAGCUGUGAGAAUACUUAAUGUACCUGUCAUCCUACGCUAUGAUACGAAUAACGAUGAAGCUCCAAAUAAUCAAAAGAAGACCGAAUUAUGUGGGUAUCCACAUCUGGUGAGACUUCCAUCAAGGGUUAAUGCUAAAAAUCUUCAUGAGGUUUUGAAGAGCAUCGUGCCACAGGAGGAAAGCUAUACGAUUCACUUUGUCGAUGGCCAGGGUCACCACUGCUCGCGGUGUAUGUAUAACACUCAUUGCACGGGGUGCCCUGUUCCAGAGACUGGAAUGGUAUCCCUCCAGACCAGUGAUACGUUAGCAAUUCGAUAUACAGACAAUAUUCCAAAAAUCCCACGAUCUAAGGAUCAUCUCAGUAUUGACAGACAACGUCCACCACAUCCUUUAUCUCUCUAUGACUGUUUGCAAGCGUUCACUCAAAGUGAGAUAUUAGAUGAACACAAUCCUUGGUUUUGUCCCAAGUGUGAGAGAAAUCAGUGUGCGACGAAAACUCUCGCUGUUCAUCGGUACCCCAAGUACCUCAUAGUAUACCUCAAACGAUUUGUGUUCUACGAAUGUGUUAGCAUGAAAUUAGAUGACAAAGUGACUUUUCCUCUUGCGGGACUCAGUAUAGGACGACAUUUAUAUGAUCUCUAUGGUUGUGUCUGCCAUUUUGGAGGGGUAUCUGCUGGGCAUUACACUGCAUAUGCAAAAAAUCCACGCACCAAUUGUUGGCAUCACUACAAUGACGAGUUCACCAGCAGGCAAAAACCUCAGGAAGAGGAUUUCAGUAAUGCUUACAUCCUGUUUUACAACCGACAGGGGACCAACUCCAAGCCGUGUAAUAUAUAAGUCACUGACGUGGUUACCUCAAGAAAUUUCGAAAGACAAACUAAGUGUGAUAAGUGUGAAAGAAGAACGAAAGGAGCUUAAGUAGCAAAAAAUGUACAUCCGGAAUCUUUCUGCAUUCGCUUCCUGAGGAUUUUUCAACUCAAGUAAAAUAAACAUUUCAAUUAAAACCGUUGUCGCUGACGUGAUAAUUUCCGAAACAAACCGCAAAAACUGAAAUUAUUUUUUUAAUCUUUUAUUUCUAUUAAAACCGAACGAACGAUAAUUGAAUCUGAAAAGUAUUGUUAUCAUUGUGAAAUGUGCAAUUAUGUUAUGUUAGUUAUUAUUUUUUUCUAUUUAUGCCUUCACAGUGAAAAAUGAAAAAAUAAAAAGUGAAAUGUGA